AUGCAGAACAAUGAGUUUAGAGACCGGGUCGAGACCGUCGAAGACCUUAACCCCGCCACGUUGAAGAUCAUCUGGAUCAGAGUAGAGCAGGAAACAUCGGGACCCGGUGGCAUUACUAUCGGCCACAAGCGAGGGAGCUUGUCUAAGAGCAAUGGCCAGGCCACCAGACCAGCUCUUCAUCUCAUCAACGAUUUCACAAUGGCCAUCCGCGAUCACUUCCGCCGCCGCAAGUCCAUCUCCGAGCCUAGCCAGGGAGAGCGCACCAGCUCAGACCCAAAGUCCCCAGCUCUCCGCCUCGCAAAGACAUUUGGAUGGCGCUCAGCAAAGGAAGAGAAGCCAAAGAAGAAGACCGCCAUCAAGGAGAAGGAGGCCGACCCGCGCGAGAGGCCCUUCAAUGAGACCAACCUCAGACACCAGGAGAUCCUCAACGGCUUCACCAUGACAUUCGGGAAGGGUCAGCGUCAGAUGAGCCGCGAUGCGCGGUCAAGUUACUACAGCAUCAACGUCAGCCCCGGCACAUCACGCCACAACAGCGUAGAUGUGGACGACAGCCCACUGCGGAUGAACCCCCUGCCUCGCGAGAGCCAGUUCCGGUCCGUACCGGAGGAGGAUGAGAGAUCUUGA